AUGCGCUGCCGAGGGAAUGAGACGAGGCGCAGCUCGCCACCAGCCCUAGGAUCCAGCUGGCUCCUUGGGCAGAGGCACCGGCAGCUGGCUAUGGGGCAGCGAUCCAGCCCUGGGAGCAGCACAGCCGCCAGUCAGAGGAAUCUGCCGAACUUAUUUAUUUUCCUGCUCUUCCUCGGACCUUUCAACUGCUUUGCAAGCUACAGCCGUGCCACUGAACUCUUCUACAGCAUCAAUGAAGGGCUACCUGCCGGAUUCCUCAUCGGGAAUCUAGCCCAGGAUUUACAGCUCCAGGGAAAAGCAGAGGAUGAAGGUGAGACAGCUGUAGAGGGGAAGCGGCAACCGGACCAAUGGGGAAAAACCCCUCUCUCCUUCAGCCUCGCCUCUGAAGGAUUGGGAAGCCAGUACAUCAACCUAGACAACCAGACAGGAGAACUGCGCACCUCAGGACAGGAAAUUGACCGGGAGGCAGUAUGCACAGAGGAUAAUGUUGGCUCUAAUGGGGUUGCUUCUUCCUCCUCCUCACCAGUACCAUCCUCCGAGUCAUGCUUGCUGUUGCUGGAUGUUCUGGUGUUACCACAGGAGUAUUUCCGCCUCGUCAAGGUGAAGAUUGCCAUCCAUGAUGUUAAUGACAAUGCGCCAUGGUUUCCCAUGCCGCAGAUACACCUCUUUGUGCCUGAGAAUUCACCCAUCAACACCCGUUUGGCUAUAGAGCACCCAGCUGUGGACCCAGACAUGGGUUCCAAUGGGGUCCAGACAUACCAACUACAAGAUGACUAUGGGGUUUUUACAUUGGAUGUGGAGGAGAACGAAAGUGGGGAAAGAACUCCUUACCUGAUUGUCAUGGGUGCCUUGGAUAGGGAGGCCAGGGAUGAAUAUAUUACGCUCAUCACUGCAGAGGAUGGAGGAGUUCCACCAUUGGUGGGCAGUGCCACCCUCACCAUUGGCAUCAGUGACAUCAAUGACAACUGCCCACAGUUCAAUGAGUCCCAGAUCAAUGUCACUGUCUUUGGGAACUCUAGUAUUGGGUUGCACAUAGCCUCUGUCCAUGCUAUGGAUGUGGACCAGGGAAUCAAUGCAGAGAUCACCUAUUCCUACAGUCAAAAGGUUUCUCAGUCGUCCCGCAUUUUGUUUCACCUCAACGAAAGCACAGGCAUUAUCAAGCUCUCCAAGAGGAUUAAUGGUGAUACUCCUCGACUCCAUCGGUUGAGUGUAUUGGCCAAUGGUCCUGGUUGCAUUCCAGCCGUGAUCACUGUGUUGAUAUCCAUCAUCAAAGUCAUGAUGAGACCCCCUGAAGUGAUCCCUCGUUUUAUAGCGAAUGAAGCAGAGGGGGUGGUUUACCUGAGGGAGUUAGAACCUGUGAACACCCCAAUAGCAUUUUUUACCAUAAAAGACCCAGAUGAAAAAUACAAAGUGGAGUGUUAUUUGGAUGGUGAUGGCCCAUUCAGGUUGUCACCAUACAAACCCUACCACAACGAGUACUUAUUGGAGACUACAAAGCCAUUGGAUUAUGAGUCUCAACAGCUCUAUGAAAUAUCAGUGAUUGCAUGGAAUACUGAAGGAUUCCAUGUCAAUAAAAGAGUUAAAGUGCAAGUUCUAGAUGAUAACGACAACUCGCCUGUUUUUUCUCAAUCACUAAUAGAAUUAUCAAUAGAAGAAAACAAUGCUCCCAAUGCUUUUUUGACCAAGCUGCAUGCAACAGACGCGGACAGUGGAGAAAGAGGGCAAGUGUCUUAUUUCCUAGGGUUUGAAGCUCCAUCGUAUUUUUCUUUAGAUAAGGUGACUGGAGUCCUUACGGUUUCCACCCAGCUGGACAGAGAAGAAAGAGAAAAAUACCGCUACACGGUUAGAGCAGUCGAUUUUGGAGUGCCUCCCCGAGAAGCAAUAGCCACCAUUACCAUCUCAGUACUGGAUAAAAAUGACAACAGUCCAAGAUUUAUCAACAAGGAUUUCAGUUUUUUUGUGCCGGAGAAUUUCCCAGGCUUUGGCGAAAUUGGAGUUAUAAGUGUCACUGACGCAGAUAUCGGGCAAAACGGAUGGGUCGCACUUUCUGUUUUGAACGGAAGUGACAUCUUUGUUAUAGAUACCGGCAAGGGAGUGUUAAGGGCAAAGGUAUCUCUAGACAGGGAACAGCAAAGCUCAUACACCUUAUGGGUUGAAGCAGUGGAUGGAGGGGAUCCUUCUUUGUCCUCUACCGCAAAAAUAACCAUCCUUUUGCUGGACAUAAAUGACAACCCACCAUUGGUUUUGUUUCCUCAGUCUAACAUGUCUUACCUUCUAGUCCUUCCUACUACUCUACCUGGAUCUCCUAUCACAGAAGUCUAUGCUGUAGAUAAUGACACUGGCAUGAAUGCGGUUAUAGCGUAUAGCAUCAUUGGGAGAAGAGGUCCACGGCCAGACUCCUUUAAGAUUGACCCCAAGACAGGCAACAUCACUCUGGAAGAGUCACUCAUGCAAAAUGACUACGGCCUCUAUCGGCUUCUCGUUAAGGUUAGCGAUCAUGGUUACCCAGAACCUCUCCAUUCCACAGUCAUGGUGAACCUCUUUGUCAAUGACACUGUGAGCAAUGAGAGCUAUAUUGAAAGCCUUUUAAGAAAGGAACCUGACAUUAAUAUUGAGGAAAAAGAACCACAAAUCUCUAUAGAACCCACGCACAAAAAAAUGGAAUCAGCCUCUUGUAUGCCUACUUUAGUGGCCCUGUCAAUAAUAAGCUUGGGUUCAAUAACAUUGGUAACUGGAAUGGGCAUUUAUAUCUGCCUAAGGAAAGGGAGAAAAUACCACACAGGAGAUGAGAAUUUGGAAGUACAAAUCCCAUUAAAUGGAAGAAUUGAUCUGCAUAUGCUGGACAGAAAACCAGUGGAAAUUUCCAAUAUCUGA